ACGAAGAAGACAAUUCGAAGUUUUCCGUUGAAGUUUCUCGCCGGCGAUUUAGUGAUUUUCGGAGAAGGUAUUUGACGCUUGGAAGUGUUUAGACUUUAGACGCGUGUUGGAUUUGUAAAAAUCCAACCUUUCGCUUGCUUCUCUCUAUGGUGUCAAGAUCUUGUGCAAAUUUUCUAGAUUUAGCAUCUUGGGACUUAUUGGACUUUCCUCAAACUCAAAGAGCUCUUCCUCGUGUCAUGACUGUUCCUGGUAUCAUCUCUGAGUUGGAUGGAGGCUACAGUGAUGGAUCCUCUGAUGUUAAUUCAUCAAGCAGCAUCCGUGAGCGGAAGAUUAUAGUGGCUAAUAUGUUACCAUUACAAGCUAAGAGAGAUACAGAGACUGGACAAUGGUGUUUUAGUUGGGAUGAAGAUUCUCUUCUUUUGCAACUCAGAGAUGGGUUUUCUUCUGAUACGGAGUUUGUUUAUAUAGGAUCACUUAAUGCUGAUAUUGGUACGAGUGAACAAGAAGAAGUUUCUCAUAAGCUUUUGUUGGAUUUCAAUUGUGUUCCUGCGUUUUUACCCAAGGAGAUGCAAGAAAAGUUCUAUCUUGGUUUCUGUAAACACCAUUUGUGGCCGCUAUUUCACUAUAUGCUUCCUAUGUUCCCUGACCACGGUGAUCGUUUUGACCGGCGUCUUUGGCAAGCGUAUGUCUCUGCAAACAAGAUAUUUUCAGAUAGGGUGAUGGAAGUCAUCAACCCUGAGGAAGAUUAUGUUUGGAUUCAUGAUUAUCAUCUGAUGGUUCUUCCCACAUUCUUGAGGAAACGGUUUAACAGGAUCAAGCUCGGAUUUUUCCUUCACAGUCCAUUUCCAUCGUCAGAAAUCUACCGCACUUUGCCAGUGAGGGAUGAUCUUCUGAGAGGAUUGUUGAACUGUGAUCUCAUUGGUUUCCACACAUUUGAUUAUGCACGCCAUUUUUUGUCAUGCUGCAGUAGAAUGCUUGGCCUUGAUUAUGAAUCUAAGCGUGGGCACAUCGGGCUUGAUUACUUUGGUCGAACGGUGUUUAUUAAGAUCCUUCCUGUUGGCAUCCAUAUGGGGAGGCUGGAAUCGGUUUUGAAUCUUCCGUCGACUGCAGCGAAAAUGAAAGAGAUACAAGAACAGUUCAAGGGGAAAAAGUUGAUUCUCGGUGUCGACGACAUGGACAUCUUUAAAGGCAUAAGCCUCAAACUUAUAGCCAUGGAACGUCUCUUUGAGACAUAUUGGCAUAUGCGAGGAAAACUUGUCCUGAUUCAGAUAGUGAACCCAGCUCGGGCCACAGGUAAGGAUGUGGAAGAAGCAAAGAGGGAGACAUAUUCAACUGUAAAAAGGAUUAACGAGCGCUAUGGUUCUGCUGGUUAUCAGCCAGUGAUCUUGAUUGAUCGUCUUGUUCCACGUUAUGAGAAGACUGCCUAUUAUGCAAUGGCAGACUGCUGCCUGGUGAAUGCAGUAAGAGAUGGCAUGAACUUAGUUCCAUAUAAAUAUAUCAUUUGCAGGCAAGGGACCCCAGGAAUGGAUAAGGCCAUGGGCAUUAGCCAUGACUCACCCCGGACGAGCAUGCUUGUCGUCUCUGAGUUUAUCGGCUGCUCGCCUUCAUUGAGUGGUGCGAUCAGGGUGAAUCCAUGGGAUGUAGAUGCUGUUGCAGAAGCGGUAAACUUAGCCCUCACCAUGGGUGAAACUGAAAAGCGAUUAAGGCACGAGAAACACUAUCACUAUGUCAGUACUCAUGAUGUGGGUUACUGGGCAAAGAGCUUUAUGCAGGAUCUGGAGAGGGCAUGCCAGGAACAUUAUAAUAAACGUUGUUGGGGUAUUGGUUUUGGUUUGAGUUUCAGAGUUUUGUCACUCUCUCCGAGUUUUAGGAAGCUAUCUAUCGACCACAUUGUCUCGACGUACAGAACUACACAGAGAAGGGCAAUAUUUUUGGAUUAUGACGGCACUCUCGUUCCUGAAAGCUCCAUUAUCAAAACCCCUAAUGCUGAAGUCCUGUCUGUUCUGAAAUCUCUGUGUGGAGAUCCUAAAAACACUGUGUUUGUCGUCAGUGGAAGAGGAUGGGAGUCUCUGAGCGACUGGCUAUCUCCAUGUGAAAAUCUUGGAAUCGCAGCUGAACACGGAUACUUCAUAAGGUGGAGUAGCAAGAAAGAGUGGGAGACUUGUUACUCGUCGGCUGAGGCGGAAUGGAAGACGAUGGUAGAACCGGUAAUGAGAUCAUACAUGGACGCAACGGAUGGUUCUACUAUAGAGUUCAAAGAGAGUGCUUUGGUUUGGCAUCAUCAAGAAGCGGAUCCAGACUUUGGAGCCUGUCAAGCAAAGGAGCUUCUGGAUCAUCUAGAGAGUGUACUCGCAAAUGAGCCUGUUGUCGUCAAGAGAGGCCAACACAUCGUAGAGGUCAAACCACAGGGAGUAAGCAAAGGCCUAGCCGUGGAAAAGGUGAUACACCGAAUGGUAGAGGAUGGAAACCCACCGGACAUGGUGAUGUGUAUAGGAGAUGACAGAUCAGACGAAGACAUGUUUGAGAGCAUAUUGAGCACAGUGACAAACCCGGACCUCCCAAUGCCACCAGAGAUCUUUGCCUGCACGGUGGGAAGAAAACCAAGCAAAGCCAAGUACUUCUUAGAUGAUGUCUCCGAUGUACUGAAGCUCCUAGGAGGAUUAGCUGCUGCAUCGAGCAGCUCGAAGCCAGAGUAUCAACAACAAUCCUCCUCAUUGCACACGCAAGUGGCCUUCAGCUCCUUCAUCAACUUCACCAGCGAGUUAGAGAUUGUUAAUAGUUUCAUCUCGAAUCAUGGCACUUCCUUAAUGAAAUGGUUAUGGUCUCUCUCUUUCAAAACCACCACUAAAACAGCUGUUUCUACGAAAUCGAUGGUGAAAUUUGAAAAUGGGUAUUCAGUGGAAACGGUGUUAGACGGAAGCAAACUCGGUAUCGAACCUUAUUCUCUUCAGGUCUUACCUAAUGGCGAAUUGCUUAUUCUGGAUUCUCAGAAUAGUAAUCUUUACAAGAUUUCAUCUUCUCUUUCCCUUUAUAGCAGACCGAGGCUGGUUACUGGCUCCCCUGAAGGAUAUCCGGGUCAUGUCGACGGUAGAUUGAGAGACGCGAGAUUGAACAAUCCUAAGGGACUCACGGUUGAUGAUAGAGGAAAUAUCUAUGUUGCAGAUACUGUGAAUAAUGCUAUCAGGAAGAUCAGUGAAGCAGGAGUCACAACCAUUGCUGGGGGAAAAAUGGUUCGUGGGGGAGGUCAUGUGGAUGGUCCAAGUGAAGAUGCAAAGUUUUCAAAUGAUUUUGAUGUUGUUUAUCUCGGAAGCAGUUGUUCCUUGCUAGUCAUUGACCGUGGGAACCAAGCCAUCAGAGAGAUUCAACUCCAUUUCGACGACUGUGCUGAUCAGUAUGGAAGUGGCUUUCCUCUUGGGAUUGCAGUUCUUGUAGCGGCAAUUUUCUUUGGCUAUAUGCUGGCUUUGUUGCAACGUAGACUCAGUUCUAUCGUUUCAUAUCAUACUGAUCAAGAAGUAUUUGAAGCUGUGCCUGAUCAAGAUCCUAUAAAACCGGUCAGACCACCGCUAAUUCCAACUGGAGACGAGCAAGAAAAGCAAGAAGAAAGCUUCCUUGGAACGUUGCAGAUAUUCAUUUCGAAUGUUUGGGUGUUUUCUGUGGAGCUGUUCAGUGGAAUGUUUCCUGGUCUCAGAAAGAAGCAGACAGUCGGCUUCAACUUCAACCAUCAAGAAACAAAGCAUUCUGCGUUUAGCACAACUUCAUGGCCAAUUCAAGAGAGCUUUCUAAUACACAACAAAGAUGAACCACCUCCCGUCGAGUCCAGGAACCCCACUCCCGGAAAAAUUUAUCCUUUCAUGUCCAAAGAUGCAGCUGAGAAAAUGCAACAGUUGCGCCAAAGCCGUGCGUUGUACAGAAGCUUGGACGCCGAAUUCCUCCAGGAGCAGCAGCAACAGAAGCAGCAGCAGCAUCACCGUAGGCAUCACUCAACGAUCCCACACACUGUUUAUGAGCGGAGCAGCGAGAAGACUAAUGAGAUUGUGUUUGGGCCGGGCCAGGAGCAAGACCACAGGCUUGUGGCAGCAGCAGCUACUGCUAAGUCGACAGAGUUUGGAGAACAGAUGAAUAUUCAUCAGAAUAUCCACUACAGAGCUCACCAAUUUGUGAGUUACCCAUAUGGAUACUAUUCAUAGACAUGAGAAGUUGCUUAAUACGAUAGUAGUAGCAAUUGGGAAUUCAGGUAUAGCUGUUUUGAGAUUUGUUGAGAAGGCACAUUAGGGAUUUGGGUAUUUAGAUCUCUCUUGUAAGAAAAGUACCAAAUUAUU